UUUCCUACACUAGCUGGUUUAAGGUUGAUUAUUUCGUAAAGCUAGAUAACCCUCACUUAAAAUUCCCUCGACCUAUCCAUAUAUCAAAUCAAAAAUUGCCAAAAUACCCAAAAAUUGGGCCUAUCACUUUUCCGUAUCCUUCCCUAAUACAUCGGCAUUUUAGUCUCAAGGUGUUUUUUAGCCAGAUCUGACACUUCACACAUAUCACCUCCUCAUGUCAGCUAAGUUCGGUCCCUAGCUUAUCACUUUUCUUUCCUCAGACCUUUUAGAAUCUCCAAUCCUCUAUUAUUUGUCGAUAUUUAGGAUUUUAUCCAUAUAAACAUCCAUUAUAACAUCCCUUCACACCAUCCUUCCCUUUACAUUUCUCCCCAAAUUUCCCCACAUCCUUUUUUGUGAUUGGACAGAUGUUGUAUAUGUUAGUAUGUAAUAUAUCCCCACAUUUCUAUGUUCGUUUCCUUCAUCGCCACACACCCGCUGUGGUGUUGAAAAUCACAAAAAAAUGUGUUAGAUUGAUGACAGUGUUUAAAGAUUUACUUUGCUAAAGAGGAUUUAAAGGGGAAGCUAAAACGCUCUUUUUUAUUCGUGGCCAUAGGUCGGUGAUAUUUAAUUCUUUUUAAAAAGACAAAUAAUUUUUUGACAAGAAUAUUAAAUUAACAUUUAAUGGGGAAUUAAAUUUCAUUUUUUAAUAUUCCCUCUAUGCCCGAUUAAUUUUUUAAAAUAGUUACUAACAGAUUAAAAGACAGCCAAUAGGAUCCCCAGUAAUUUGUUGCUAUUCGGAUACUUUCUGAAGGGACAGAAGUUUAUGGUGAGCAGUCUAUCCCAUCAAGUCCAGCAGGUUUUCUCAACCCUUCCCAUACCUGAUAGGUCGAGAAAAAUAUUGUGACGGAUUCGGGUCGGGUCUCCAAAUUUUUCUUAGUUUCGUGUUUUGUGUUUCGAGUUGAGACGAGUCCGGGGUUUUUGAUUUUAGCUAGGCAACCCCUCGUUCCUUUUCUGGAACUUGGCCAACCGAGUUUUUAGCUCUGCCUACCCACUCACUUGCCAUACGGUCUUAAAAUAUGUAGGUUCCUAAAAAAAGUAUGUCGCAAAUAUUUGUCCGCAAAUAUUAUCUGUCCGCAAUUAUUUUAUCACUCACUUACUUUGUAUAAAUUAUUUAUUAUUUAAUUAAUUUUUUGAAUUAAUUUAAACAUUUUAAUGCCUAAUUCCACCUUUUUCCUUUACUUUUUAAUAUUUAUAUGGCAACUACUACUAAUCCUAUUUUUAAAUUUAUUUGAGGUCAAUUGUUCUUUUUUUGUGGUUAAGGCUAAAAUUUAUUGUUUCUCCCCUCAAUUUCUCCCCUCAAUUCUCCCCUCCUUCCAAUUCUCGACUCAUUAAUUUACCUUUUCUUUAAUUCUUGGCCCAAUAUAAAUUAGAAAAAAGGUUAAACUUGCUUUUAUUUUAAACUUCAAUUUAUCACACUUCUUUGACCCAAAAUUUUUUCUAAAAUUUAUUGCUUGUCCUCC